AUGUUUUGUGAUCUGUUUCCGAGUGAAAAAGAGUCAAAGAAAUCUUUCAGUAUAGAUAAAGAUUUCAUUCAGUAUCCUAUUCGAGAUGAAUUAAUAACGUAUUUUAGUCGCACAUCACUUUCAAAAGCACAGGUAAAUACAAAAGUACGAUCGUUUCGAAAACCAAUCAGAAAGGAUGUGCACUACGGACAUUAUUGUAAUCGAGGAAUUGUUGUCACCUCUGCUGAUGUCGACGGAGAUUUAUGUUUGUGUCCUCCGAGUUAUUUUGGUGAUCGUUGUCAGUAUCAGGCAAGAAGAUUAACGGCUUUUAUUAAAAUUGAAAUAGUUAAUCGCUUCCGUAAUCAUAUAUUUACACUAUGGAUUUGUUUAAUUAAUCAGAAUGAUGUCGUCGUAACUUGUGAUUAUAUUUCGCAUUCUUAUCAUAGUGCUUUAUCUCAGCACGCAGUAUACUUGCUUUAUCGGAGAGCACAAAAUCAUAGUGAUAUUUAUUUCGUUCAAGUUAUUGUUUAUAAUGUAACAGCGACAACAGUCUCGUUUCAUUCAUCUUUACUGUAUCCUGUUGAAUUCCAGUUUUUGCCUGUCAAUCGUUUAAGCGCACUCGUACAAAUAUCGAAUAAAAAUAGUAUAACAGACUGUCAGAAAUGUGUUCACGGACAGUGUGUCACAUAUUCGAACUUUGCUGGCAAAGAACACUGUUUAUGUAACGACGGAUGGUCAGGUAUCACCUGCGAUAUAGAGUCCACAAGGAAAUGCGAACACGGAUCCAUAGCUGUUGAUGGACAGUGUUUAUGUACAUUAGGUUUUAUGGGCCCUAGCUGUUCGAUAAACCGCAAUGCAUGUACGGCUAGGAGCUGUUACAACGGUGGCUCCUGUGUGCCACUAGCCGAUGAUUUUUCUUUUACAUGUCUUUGUCACAAUGAGUUUUUCGGAAAUCAAUGCAAGCAUAAAAAAGCUACGCUAACAGUUCACAUUAAUGAUAAACCAGGUGAUAACACUAUUGCACAAGUUCCCAUUAUUGUCAUUCAUUUUGUUAACAUUGAUGAUUCUUUGCGGCAAUUUUCUCUAGAAAGCCGUCUAAUAUUCAGAUAUGUUCCAUUUUACACGGUGCUGACAAUGUUUUAUAAACAGGAAAUGCUCCCACCGUUAAUUUAUGCUCAACUGCUGUACGAUACAUCAGCUCCCGAUGGCGUAUGGUACUUAAUUGGUUUCCGACGUCGUGUACCAACACUCACGACGAGUGUUUUAUCUACUAAUGAAUGUCCACAUGUUCGUGAAUUAUUAAACAGUACAAUAAUGAAUGAGUUUUCAUAUUUAAAACGUGUUAAAUUUUAUCAACGAUCUUGUUACAUAUUAGGAAUCAAAUGUUUUCGUGAUGAUCGAUACAUGUGUCUGUGUGAUAAUUACGCUGAAUAUGACUGUAUACCGUUUGAUCGUAAUGCAACUUAUUGUGAUGAUACCAGCUAUUGUAUGAAUGGCGGCCGAUGCAUUCAGCUACUUCAGAUACCGGGUGAGCAGUUUGAUUUUGGUUGUGUUUGUAGACGUUGUUACUAUGGGGAAUUAUGUCAAUUUACUACAGCUCAGUACUCAAUAUCGCUCGAUGCACUGAUCGGACCGGAGAUCCUCAUGGACCAGCCUGUUCGCGGUCAGUCAUUGAUCGUUAAAAUAACAUUAGGCAUUAUCAUUUUGAUGCUUGUGUUAGGAUCUGCCGGCAACAUGAUGGCAAUUCUUAUAUUUUCUUCUAAGAAACUACAUGAUAUCGGUUGUGGUUUGUACUUACUGUCGGCAUCAAUCACAAGUCAGCUAGGUUUGCUCGCUUUUGGAGCACGAUUUUUUUAUAUCUUCUAG